UGCUGAUACUGGUGGAGUGUGGCUCCGUGGCGUUUCUAGCGCUGUUGGCGUAGCAAGCAAAGAGAGUAUGGAGGUGGCUGUUUGGGUCUGACGGAGACUGUAAGCGUGAAAUGAGGAUCCGCCUGCGCUGUUGGCUAUUGGUGAUGAUGAGGCCGAUGAUGAUGAUGAUGCUUUGCUGAGAAGGCUGCUGGAACCUGAGUGCUGCUCUCCUCCCCCCCACCCCACUCCGCCUCCUACAGAGCCUGGUAGAGGAGGAGCCUUGCCCAGCACAGUGUUAGGUUCAGAUUCCUUCUGCUCACUGGUUGAGCUGUAGCAGCUACAGGAAGGACAGGCAAAAGAGCGCUCUCCCCGAAGAGUCUACAUGUCCCCCUGGCGCACAGAUUGGCUGCUGGGAGACUAGCACCCUGGCAACAUAUGCUGCACCACAAGCCCGCUCUGUACUUGAACAAGAAGACUAAUCCCUCAGCAGGGGGAGACAGCAAAUAAGAGUGAGCUUUGGAGACCCCCCAUCUCUGCUGGUUUGGAGCGUGCGGGUCCACUCCUUCUAUCCCUGGAGAUGCUCCAAAGAUUCUUCCUCUCCUCAGUGAAAUCGUGUGUCAUCCGUUCCCGUAGGAGGGCCGGCCAUCCCAGGCACAGAUACAUAGAAGUCGACGGACGAUAAAAGAUCAGAAAAUUCCGUAGCUUUGACUUUUUUCCCCCCCUUUCUCUGAGAGAAACAUCCCCCCAGCCUUCUCCAUCCCAUCUGCUUUCUCUUAAGCCAGCACUAAUGGCUUUUCUAACCAAGAAGAAGAAAUUUAAAUUCCAGACCAGCUUUAACCUGGAGGAGCUGACGGCUGUCCCGUUUGUGAAUGGGGUCCUGUUCUGCAAAGUCAGGCUGCUGGAUGGAGGAGACUUUGUCAGCCAGUCCAGUAGGGAAGAGGUCCAGGAAAACUGUGUGCGCUGGAAGAAGAAGUUCACCUUUGUGUGCAAGAUGAGUGCUAACCCUGCCACGGGCGUGCUAGACCCCUGCAUCUGCAGAGUCUCUGUGCGGAAGGAACUGAAGGGAGGAAAAACAUUUUCAAAGCUAGGCUUUGCUGAUCUCAAUCUGGCCGAGUUUGCUGGUUCUGGCUCCACAGCCCGCUGUUGCCUGCUGGAAGGUUAUGAUACCAGGAACACAAGACAGGACAACUCCAUUCUAAAGGUCAACAUCGGGAUGUCGCUUCUUUCUGGAGACCCAUGCUUCAAGACACCUCUGUCUAUAGCCAAAACAGUUACUCCCCCAGGACAAGACUCCUCAUUACAGAUGACAUGUAAAGGAGAGGGGACAGUGAGGUCAGCUGGUGGCACCGUACGGCCGAACCGAAGCCGGCAGGCUAUGCUGAGCUCAGGGGCUUUUGAUGAAACAGAGCAAAACCUAUCGAGCCCAGAGGAAACGUCCCAUUCAGGGCAUUCCCGUAAUUCUAGCCAGGCCAGCCAGCAAUCCAAAGUAUCCUGUCACAGCUCCGAACAUUCACGCUGCUCCAGCAUGUCAGACCUGACUCACAGGCGUAACACGUCCACCAGCAGCAGUGUCUCUGGGUGUCUCAGCCUCACAGCAGAAGGGACUGAACCUGAGCGAGAUAUUAAGCCGGAAAAGCCUCCACGGCCUAUUCGGCCUCCACUUCACCCAGACAGACACUCCAGGAGGAAGAAAGACUCUGUAGAGAGUCAGCCCACAUGGGUAGAUGACACCAGGAUUGACGCUGAUGACAUUGUGGAGAAGAUCAUGCAGAGUCAAGACUUCACAGACGUCAGCAACAAUGAAGAUAGUCAUCUGAGACUGUUCGUCAGCAGAGAUGGAUCAACCACACUGAGCGGAGUCCAGCUUGCUAACAGGAUCUCUGCUGGAGUGUUUGAGCCUGUGGUGAUUGAAAUCCACUAAAUAGAAGAGACAAAGGAACCGUCCGCAGUCCCAGGCUCUCUUCAGUAACAGAGUGCAAAGCCAGGAUCCUUCACACUUAUUUUCUCUAAGGCUUGACAGCUCCAGUCAGCCACUGUGGAUCCUCCCCUUUUCUUGGCCCCUGUCCCAGUAGCUGUGCACGACUCCCCUUGUGUUUCUUUUAUCCAGUUUGUGACAGCGUUCCUGUCUGCUUCUAAUCACUGUGAGUUUAUCCAGGCAUCUGGAGAAAGAGGCCACAAAUCCAGAUGAUCAGCAUUCCAUGCUCGGGUGCCUCUCUCAUUGCAGCAGCCUCUGUUUUGCUUGCCAAGCAGAAGAUAGAGGAAGACUAAGCACCAAUUCCAGUGGCAUGCAAACCUCAACUGUGGACUCUCUUACUGUCCCUUUAAUAUUUUCAUGGCCAACAGGCCAGCUGUGCUGUACAAGUUCUUUUGGUCUUGAAGAAGUUAAAGGGACCUUUUAGUUCCUAUGAUGUUACAGUCCCGGAAUCAUUGGUACAUUGACCUGCUAUUCACGGAACAUAACCAGGACCUUGGAGCAGAUUGAAUAUAAGCAGUCUGUUUCAAAAUUGUUCUGCACAGUGUAGCAUUAAGGCAGUGGUGUAAGAACCAACUACUUUUCCUGGAUUUGCCACUUCACAGGUUUUGUUCAGAGAUAUUCAAAUGAGCCCAUAAGCUUACAGUUCCUGCUUCUCACUUACUUAACGGUACCACUGCUUUCUUCUUUCAGGUCAGGCUACAUGACUUUGUCCUGAUUUCUUGAUCCCCCUUAAAAAAGGAAGAAAGUGUCAGUACAGAACAGCAAAGAACCCUAAGAUAGGUAACAUUGCACAGCAGGACUGUUAAGAUUCCCCUCGGGCAGGGGUACAAGAUGCAGCUGGUCUGCGGGCACCCUCAGGUAGGGGCCAUGGAAGGCAGCUGGUCUGCAUUUAACCCUUAAGUCCUCCUCAGGUAGGAGAGAUGAAAUACAGCAGAGCUGUGAGAAUCCUUUAAGGGAACAAACCUAUUAAACAGAAAGACUGUUGGGAGGAGACACCGCUGGUCAGUGAGUCCCCACUUCAGAUACGGCCCUACAGAAUUCUCCGGUUAGAUAUGGAGGGCCCGGCUAUUCUGUACUGCUAUUUUCUCCUAUACAUUCCAGUGCAUGAAAGGCCUAAGACAAAGCCAUCAGUAGGGGUUGGCUGUGCGGGUCACAGCAGCUGCCUUUCAGGACACUGUCAUUACCUGACCAUUCCCACUUCUUACUCGCUGAGGACUGCACAGCUUUUCCAAAAACCAGCAGGCUGGUGUUAUCAUUUCACUUAUGUGUCUUACCUACAUUUUCAAUGUGAACCUUCUUUUCCUUGACUUCUGCAGAGCCAUCUUGGGGGUUUUUUUUUUCGUGUUUGGGGUUUUUUUUUCUGUUGUUGCUUUUCUUGUUAAUGGGUGAAACUGGGAGUCUAGGAAAUCCCCCCCCCCCCGUUGUUUCUGGUUCAUUGCAGCCUACUGCAGUUGCCCACGGUGAAUGUGUGUGAUACACCCUAUAAGUGUCUAUUGUCAACCACUUUCUCUUGAUUUUAGAGACACGGCAAUAUGCCCAUUUGAAAAUGAAACCCGUACAGAGAGCUGGCGGGCAGGCUUCACUCCAACAUUACUUUUGAAACCACUCUUAACGUUCUGGGCACUUUAAUGAUUGUUGGACAUGGUGCAGGGAUUUUAAUUAAAUGUCACUCUUGUUAAGAAACUGAUUUGAGACUACAGAAAAGGUCUGUAAGGAUUUUAUUUUCAUUUGUUUACUUUUAAUCUUUUUUUCCUUCCUCUGCAAUAAUGGCUUUAAUGGAAUUCUGGUGAAGCACAGCACUUACGGAGCUCACUAACUUCACUGCUAUCCCUACUGUGCUCUUUCAGAAGUGCUAAUGCUCAGGGUAUGUUUAUGAUGAUGUGCAGAAACAAUGAGUAUGUUUUAUUGGGGUGUGAUGCAUAGCAUACAUCACAUACCAGCUUAUUACAGAAAUAGGUGGCAUGCCAGUCUUGUAUUGACUGUCACAUGGAGGUAUAUCUGUCUGACGUGAGACCGUCACAAACAAGACUCUUUCCUGCAGUACAAUGAGCAUUAAUGAGAGUCUGGUAUACCCGCAGCGCAGCCCUUCUUCUAGAAACUAAUCUGCACAUUGUCAAAAGUAUGGCAAAGGGGUUUAUUUCUAAAAUAAAAUAAAAAAAUUCAAUCACAUUUGCACAACCCACUCAGAAGUCUUUACAGAUUGAGAGGUCAAGGCAACCCUCUUGGAACUACUAAAGCACACAACAUGGCUUCUGAGCUAUUCUGGUUUAACAGAUUGUUUCACUGCUCACGUGUAUCUGGAGGCUGAACUGAACUAUGGCAUUAGCCAAGCAAUCUAAAUAUUACCAGCCACUUUCCGUGGGUUCAGUGUUGAAUGGGGGCCCACUCUUAGGAGAUAGAGACAAAUGUUAUAGAGGCUAUAAUGGUGUGGUGGAAAUAAGAGAAAGUAAUAAUGGGUAUUUUCAUGGACUGGGAGAUUUUCUGGUAUGUAAAUCAUAAUUAAAAGGUCCCAAAAUUAAUUGAACGUUCUGCUUAAUGUAUACAGUGCUAAAUUUACAUCAUAUUUACUCUGGUCCCCAGAUAAGUGUAAAAAUAAGGUUCUACUAUAGUUAAUUGAUGGGUGUGUUGACUACUCAGACCUGGAACUCAGGUUAUCCAGGUAACCAUGUCCAACUGCAAACUGGAAAUGCUUUUAGAAGAAAGAACCCUUCCUCAUCCAGUUAUUGCAGAGCUACAACUCCCAGAAUUCCACCAUCAGAUGGUCUGGUGAAAAAUCAUUGGCUUUGUUGUAAUAGUUUUAAAACAACCAUGGUCUGCAGCCUCUAAAACACAGCUAAUAUUUAGAUUGCAUGGCUUAUUUGCGUGUUGUUCAGCUCAUUCAUGCCUCAGGCUACUUACAAAAUGGAAGUCAAUAUAGCAUUAUUUUUAAUAAGUUUAUUUUCUUUUGAAAUGUAAGGAGGAGCGAGAAGCAAAUUCCAAUAAAAGUAAAUUUGUACUCAGAUGAUAAAGUAUUUACAGAGAGCUAUAUAGAGUAAAAUAAAGCUAUUUUUGCAAAUGGGUCCAAAGGCACACAUAAUGGAGAAUCUACUGGGAAUGUGAAGAGAAUCAAAUGUAUAGGUUUUCUUUUCCAUAUGGUAAACAUAAUUCAGCCUCUAUUUUUGAGUGGAGCCCAGAAGCUCAGCUCUGGCACAUUUCACGGUUUGUACACCUUUGCCUGUUCCGAUUGUUAUGUCGUAAUUGUCUCUGAUUCCGUCUGUACUACUGUUAUCGGAAAUCAGUAGCAUUUGGGGAGCGGUUUGGGCAAAAUAAAAAUUUCCUAUUGUUAAUGC